UUGGACCGAGAGAACAGCCACUCGACCGAUCCAAGCAUUUGCGUUCGCAUUGAUGGGCAGGGCGACUAGCCAAUGACGUUACUUCCUUAACUCCAAGCAGUCCUUUUGCAGCAACAUGUUUUAUCUUUCUUUUUAUUUCUUUUUUUAUCUAUUUUUCUUUCCUUCCUUCCAUCCUGUCUGCAAAGACGGAAGGCGGUUCCACCCCACCCACCUUUAGCCUACUUUGAUGAGGAACCUGCCCUGCUGCCUGAUCCAUGCCUGUCCCAGAAGAUGGCUCUAUUAAAGCUGCUUCCACCGGAUCCAGAAGAUGAGGGCAGCCAGCGGUGCAGGCUGGGUCCUGCUGCAUUCGCCUUGCUAGGCGCUAAGCUGGGCUCUUUGAUCAAGAUCACCUUGCCCAGUGGCUCUUGCCUGUGCACGGCCUGGCCAAGGCACGAUUCAGCUGAUGGCUACCUGCAGCUCGACCUCAAAUGCAGGACUUGGGGAUUAAGAGAAAGCCAGCUGCGGAGGAAGACCGUGAGCAUGGACCAGCUGAGAGUAGCGGCCUGCCCCAAGUUAAGACAUGUGACGGUCCGAGUCGUCUUUAAAAACCAGGCCUCAAAAACAGCUCUUCCCGAAACGACGCUUCCAGAAGUGGUGCGAGAGCUUUUGAGAAAGACCUGUGUGGCGCGCCAUCAUGUCGUGACUUUCCCCCCAAUUCUGGGCAAUCCUGUUGAGUGCCUUGAAAUAUUGUCCAUUGGACUGUUCAGCCCGGAAGAAGCUGGCUUGAUCACUCCCCAAACCAACGUCCACAUUAAGGAGACAAUCACGUUGGAGAGAUACGGUCGCCUGAUGGGGAACGGUUCGAAAAUCCGGGUGGCCGGCUUGGAUGAAGUCAGCCAGGCUUUGAAAGAAACGAUUGAACUGCCUCUGCGUUUCCCGAACAGCUUCAAAACAUUAGGCCUCUCAGUCCCAAAGGGAGUUCUUUUGGUGGGGCCGCCGGGAGUUGGCAAGACGCUACUGGUCAAGGCAGUGACUGGAGAAGUCGAGGCCUGUCUGGUAGGCCUCAGUGGCCCUGUGGUCUAUGGUUCGCGGCCUGGUGAAAGCGAGGAGAACUUGCGACGGGUCUUUGAGCAAGCGAGAGAACUCUCCAUCGAAGGGCCCACCGUCCUCUUCAUUGACGAGAUCGAUUCGUUGUGUCCCAAGCGGGGAGCUUCCGGUCAUGUCCCUGAGCAUCGCUUGGUGGCUCAAUUGCUAACUCUUAUGGAUGGAUUUAGCCAAGGACACGGGCUGGUCAUUGUAGGGGCAACAAACAGGCCAGAUUCCCUGGACCCUGCAUUGAGGAGACCAGGCAGAUUUGAUCAGGAGAUUGUCAUUGGGAGCCCGACCUUGACGCAAAGGAAGUCUAUUCUGCAGCUGAUUACCGCUGGCAUGCCUGUGUCAGACAACGUUGAUUUGCUAGAACUGGCAGAAAUAACACCGGGUUUUGUUGGGGCCGACCUCACCUCGCUCUGCAGAGAAGCCGCCAUGCAAGCCCUGUUUCGUAACUGCACAGAUUCAAUUUGCCCGGUUGAGAUGUCAGAUUUCCUCGAGGCCCUGAAAAAGAUCCAGCCAUCAUCUUUCCGAAGCGGAAUUGGGUUAACAGAUUUCAAGCCCGUCUCGUGGGAUCAGAUUGGUGGCCUUGAAGACGUGAAAUUAAAAUUAAAACAGAGCAUCGAAUGGCCCAUAAAAUUCCCAGAAGCCUUUAUCCGGAUGGGGCUGGCCCGCCCAAAGGGCAUCCUUCUCUAUGGACCGUCUGGUUGUGCCAAAACGAUGCUUGUGAAAGCCGCCGCCUCCUGUUCUCAUUGCUCCUUUCUGGCUGUGAACGGUGCUGAUCUCUUCUCCCCUUUGGUCGGAGAGUCAGAGAAGAUUUUGUCUCAGGUAUUUCGUCAAGCAAGAGCAAAUACUCCAGCAAUAGUUUUCCUGGAUGAAAUUGAUGCGAUCCUGGGAUCCCGAUCGGGAACUAAAACCGGGUGUGGCGUCCAGGAGAGAGUUCUUUCCGUCCUUCUCAAUGAGUUGGAUGGCAUCGGAGUCAAGUUAACUGAGCGAAGAGGAAAUAAAGCAGAGAUGGAAAAUGAGAGUCAAGAACCAGCUGAAAGUGAUAAAGAGUUAGAACUUCAGGAAGUUUUUAACAAAGAUGUCAUAGUCGUCGCUGCAACAAAUAGACCAGACCGGCUGGAUGAUGCUUUGUUACGUCCGGGACGCUUAGAUAAGAUCAUCUAUGUCCCACCGCCAGAUGAGCAGGGAAGGCUUUCGGUUCUGAAAAUCUGCACAGAAAUAAUUCCGAUAGAUUCUGAGGUCUCCUUAGCAGAUAUAGCAAGUCAAACCAAUAUGUUCUCUGGAGCUGAUCUUGAGAAUCUCUGUAAAGAGGCUGCUUUGCUAGCAUUGCAAGAAAACAAAGUGGAAGCCACAGCUGUGAAAUAUAAACAUUUUGAAAAAUCCCUGGAGACUGUAAAGCCAUCGGUAACUCACAAAGAAUUGCAAUUUUAUGAAAAAUUGUUUAGAAUUCAAUAAUAUAAUCGGCAAAGCGAGUACAUACCAACAUAUACAAAUAUUUUCACCUUCAACAAUAAAUUGAAAGAUCUGUAAAAAAAGGGGGAUGGAAUAAUGAGAGUAGCGUAAAUGGCAGGAUGCAUUUAUUUAACGUAUUUUAUUCAGCUUUCCAGAAUUGUUCAAUGUAUGCACCACUGCAGCUCAAACAAAAUAAACCAUAUUCUUGUUUAGUGUGAUGGAUAAGUCCCGUCAUAGAAAGAGUGCAGAGAAGAGCAAUCCGGAUGAUUAGGGGACUGGAGGCUAAAACAUAUGAAGAACGGUUGCAGGAACUGAGCAUGGCUAGUCUAGUGAAAAGAAGGACCAGGGGAGACAUGAUAGCAGUCUUCCAAUAUUUGAGGGGCUGCCACAGAGAGGAGGGGGUCAACCUCUUUUCCAAAGCACCUGAAGGCCAGACAAGGAAUAAUGGAUGGAAACUGAACAAGGAGAGAUUCAACCUGGAAAUAAGGAGAAAUUUUCUGACAAUAAGAACAAUCAACUGAUGGAACAGAAGUUGCCUUUGGACGUUGUGGGAGCUUCAUCACUGGAAGCUUUCAAGAAGAGUCUGGACUGCCAUCUGUCAGAAAUGGUGUAGGGUCUGCUUGGGCGGGGGGUUGGACUAGAUGACCUACAAGAUCCCUGCCAACUCUGUUAAUCUGUAUCUAAUCUGUAAAUUCAAGAAACUGACUUUAUUUCAGUAUUUUUGUAACUUCAUAUGACUGAGUUCUGUGAUUCAAUAAAAGAAGUUACUCAAUGAAA